AUGAACAAUGACUAUGAUGAUGAUCAGCUAAGAGAAGAACCUCCUAAAAAAGUUCUGAUUGACAGGGUUCAGAGAAAUAUACUUACAGACAAGCCUAGAGUGACCAAAUCCCCAAUUAAUUUUCGGCCUGAACUUGAGGAAAAUGGAGACCAAGUCCCUCCCCUUGAUGAGGGAACUGAGCCAGAGGAAAACAAAGAAGGUCCCAGGUCACCAGCUAGUCUUCCAGAUGGUGGGGAAGGAAAUUCAACAGCUGCAGCCCUGCCUGACGCCUGA